UACGGAGAUUCUCACUUCCGGAUAAGUUGAGGUUAUCGCGGUACUCGCAGAUAUCUCUGUAACGACGGCGACGUUGGCUUGGCCUACAGAAAUUGCACUAACUAACAUCAGUCUUUGGAAGUCGCAAAUAAAUCGUUGAGAAAAUCUUUUUUCUUAAACGAAAGCGUCGUGUUUGGUGGUAAAAUAAAGGAUCUUCAGUGGCCCAUGGACGCAGAGGGCCAGUCCAUGGGGACGAGAGGUGAUAGACAGGUGCAGCGCUCCCGCUUGUGGGCUCAGUGACCCACGCUCUGGGCUCAUGAUGGCACAGGGAGGCCCGCAGCUUGACUACCACAUCCUGCAAGACCUCAAGCAGCGUUUCCCGGAGAUCCCCGAGGGAGUAGUGUCCCAGUGCCUUCUGCAGAACAAUAACAACCUGGAUGUUUGCUGCCACCUGCUGGCCCAGGAGAGCAACCGCUACCUGUAUGAGGAGUACCACAGCCCCAGUGACGAGGUGCGCCUGAACAGGAACCACAUGCUGCACAUCAGCCUGGCGUGCCCCCCGGCGGAGGGCAACAAGACGGGCAGCCCUGGACGGCACCUGGUGCAUAGCACCAGCGACAGUCACAUCGAUCCCCCACAGAGAGUCGCCUUCCCAGAGCCCCUGUCGGCCCCCGCCAUGGGGCCCUCGUCAGGGUACAGUCCCUUCUUCAUGAGUGACCAAGGACGCUCAGCCAGCACCCCGACGCCCCCGCCCAUGCAGGGCAUGUCCCCCACGUACACCCCCAUUCCCCGAUACACCAUGAACCCUCUCACGGUCACCCUCACCCAAAACAUGCCCCCCAAUGCCCCCCAGGCUCUGCAGAUCCCCCCGUCCUACACUAGUAACAAUAGCGCCUUGUACAUCCGGCCCUCUCCCUCUCAGAGUCCUCAGCCUCCGCCCUGGUCCUCCACAGGCGCGCCUCCGGGCUACCAGCCCAACCCUUACCAGCCGCCGCCCUCCUACACGUCCCACCCCUCCCCUUACAGCUCGCCCCAGCACCAGGUGCCGCAGACGCCCCAGACGUCGCACGCGUUCAUGCCCAUCAGCCCGCCCAACCUCCAGAACCUGCCCUACCAGCAGCAGGCCAUGCAAUACAGGCCCUACCUCUCCAAGCAGAUCGAGAUCACACUGGACCCGCGGCCGCGCAGCAACUCGCCGGUGCACAACCCCGCCGGGGGCCCCCAGUCCUACUACAUGGCCACCAGCCCCUCGCCCAGCUCCCCGUCGCGCGCCAUCAGCAUGACGGGCCCCGCUGGCACCACCUUCCACCACCACGGCGUCUACCUGCACCAGGGCCCGGCGCGACCCCGGCCUGCAUCCUCCCCGCAGCCUGCCAGCCAGGCGGGCUAUAGCUUCAAGAUCAAGGUGUCGUCAGGGCAGCAUCAGAGGUCCGCAGGGUCGCCACCAGUGGAGAGCGAGCCGCUGUUGAACAUCGUGGACCAGGGUGAGCGGCACGGCGCCCCUCCCCCCAUCCUGCCCAUCGCCGCCGGCCCUGGCAGCAUCGUCAGCCACAUGGACCGCAUGCCGCGCCGAUCCAGCUCUGGCUCUGACGACUAUGCAUAUACCCAGGCUCUGCUACUGCACCAGAGGGCCCGGAUGGAGCGUCUUGUGAAGGAGCUGCGUGUGGAGCAGCAGAAGCUGGACCGGUUGAAGUCGGAGGUCAACGAGAUGGAGUAUGACGCCCUGCAGAGACGCUUCCGGCGGGUCAACAGCACCAGCCUCAUCCCCCGGCCUGAAGAGAUGACCAGACUGCGCUCCUUAAACAGACGGCUCCAGAUUGACAUUGAUUGCUCCUUGAAGGAGACAGACCUUUUACAGGGGCAGUCUGGAGCUGAUCCUUCGUCUUUCUAUGGCAACAUUCGGCCUGGUCCGGUGGUGCCACCGAAGCCGGUUAAAAAAGAGGAGCCGCCACGCGCUGCUGCCACCAGGCCUCCGGCGCCGCAGCGAGCCCAGAGGGACGAGGACUUCGAGGGGGCCCAGUGGAACUGUGACAGCUGCACCUUCCUCAACCACCCGGCACUGAACCGCUGCGAGGAGUGUGAGAUGCCGCGCUACACCUGAGCCUGCCCAGCGCCAGCGCAGUUGCCACGCCACGUCACGUGACGUCACGCCACAGCACGCCAUGCCAUGAUGCGCCCACCUCUCUUACCCCCCUCUCCUUUCCAUCCAUGCCUGGCGUGCAAUCAAUCAAUCGAGCGAUUAAGUCGAACAGAUGAUGUGACAGCCCCCCGCCCCCCCUCCCAGCUUGCAAAUCAUGUACAACUAAAACUACUUUUUUGUGGGUGGGGGGCGGCAUCGGGUCUAUUAUUCUGAGACUCUCGGAACACUUGAGACCUUUCUCCCUGUUAUUCUCCUCCCAUUCCCUGAAUUCCUCUCCAAGUCCAGCAAUAACUGAGCCCCCACCUCCCCCCUCCCUCCCAUCCUCCUUCCUCCUCCACCCCCCCUUCUUUCCUUCGAUGUCCCUUCCCUCCCCUCCUGAGGUAGAGCCACUCCACUGAACCCUCAAACCAUUGAACCCACCCGCUCGCUCAGAGGAUGUCCCUGCACUUACCCCCUAAAUAUAUUUUGGAGGACGAUGAAGAUGCUUUUUAAGAGGAAGGCGGGAGACUGUGUCCAUGUAAAAAAACGAAAAGAAAAAAAUGAGAGAACGACAGGAAAACCGUGACGGAAGACUGUAAAAGAGGGUGGAAAGGGAUUGGAUUGGCCAUGGAUCAGAGAUGAAGGGUCAGAUUUAACAAAAAGGAUAGGGACUUUGGAAACAAAAACAAGAGGCGUGGUUUACCAGUCUAGCAUUCCAUGCAGAGUGAAAACGGUCGUGUUUACACAUAUUGAAGCCCCAAAGCCAGAGCAAGUUGCCAGGGGGCCGUGCUCCUCUGAAAGAGUGGGACAAUAUUUUGACAAAAACAGCAGGGGUCUGAAAAGAUGAUAUAAUGUAGACUUUACACUGUAUUGGCUCUGACACAAGAGCUCCUCUCAUUGAAUGAAGAACACUAAAGAGACUUGCAUAUAAAAUAUAUAUACCUGGUACUUUUAUGCAUACUAUGCCACACUGUAUUCCGUGUUGUCGAUUUUUUUUUUUUCCUGUGCAAAUGCCUCAACUUGCUGUACGUAAUAAGAAAUAAAGGAGCUGAUUCUAUGUGA